UUUAUUGAGCAACAGCAAGUUGUGGUGUUUUGUGUUUCUGUUGGUCUGUUGGUGCUCAAUCAUCAUUUUGGCUUAAGUGUGGUCGCACCUGCAGCAGCACAAUCUCCAGUGCUGAAAUGACUUCGGCCGUCGAACCUGCGGACGGAAAAAUGACUUCGAAGAGGCCUGCAGAUAGCGCGUUCAGGCAGCAAAGGCUGCCCGCCUGGCAGCCAAUAUUGACUGCGGGAACGGUUCUUCCGACCUUUUUCAUCAUUGGCAUUGCCUUUAUUCCGGUCGGAAUUGGCCUUCUGUACUUCUCGGAAGAGGUACGAGAGAAGACCAUAGACUACACGUACUGCAAAAAUGAUAGGAAUGAAACGUGUGCUGACAUUAUCGAGCAAAGUGCAUCUGCUGAAUGCUUCUGCAAAAUGACUUUCACUCUGGACAAAGAUAUGGAGGGAAAAGUUUAUAUGUACUACGGCUUAACCAAUUUCUAUCAAAACCACCGACGCUAUGUCAAGUCCAGAGACGACGUCCAACUGAGUGGCAGACUUUUAAAUCCGUCAAACGAUUGUCUGCCUUACGCCACUACCGGCAACAACGAUACAAAACCAAUUGCUCCUUGUGGUGCCAUAGCUAACAGCCUGUUCAACGAUGAGCUAACCUUGAAGUCUCAUAUUGAGAAUCUGCAGCAGGAUGUGCCCUUACUGAAAACCGGAAUCGCUUGGCCUUCGGACAAGGCAAUGAAAUUCAACAACCCUCCUGGCGAUUUGCAGCAAGCUUUUGAAAAUUAUGCCAAGCCUCCAAACUGGCGCAAAAAUGUUUAUGAGCUGGACCCGAAGGAUCCUAACAAUAACGGAUUUGAGAAUGAAGAUUUGAUUGUGUGGAUGAGGACAUCUGCGUUGCCGACAUUCCGCAAGCUAUACCGAAGAGUGGACCACAGUGUUACGGGCUUCAUCAAGGGUUUGCACAAGGGCGACUACACUCUCAUAGUGAAUUAUGCCUACUCGGUGAAGCCGUUUGGAGGAACUAAGAGGAUGAUUCUGUCAACUACCUCCCUGCUGGGUGGUAAAAAUCCAUUCUUGGGAAUUGCCUACAUAGUUGUCGGCUCCGUGUGCCUUCUGCUUGGAGUUUUGUUCCUGUUGAUCCACAUCAAGUGCGGCAGAAGCACCAAUGAAAUGAUCAACGUCACCUCGAGAACAGCCUAUCAGUGAAGAGCCUCAUUUCAGCAUAGUUAAAUAUAGAUCAUUUUUGCUUAUUUAUUAUUAAGUAAUUUUUAACAAAUUUCCGAUCAAAUUGAUUUGUGAUAAUGUUCUUUAGUCUCUUAAUCAAAUUUCAUGCUUCAGACAGCAAAAUAUAAUCCUUUUUAGACUCCAACUUUGCCAUAAUUAAUACAUUAAUAGCCUCUAGUCAAAAACUAUUUAUAAAAAAUACGUGCUAAUUGCACUACUUAAAUCUUUCCAAAAUAUCAAUACUUUUCAAAAUAUUUUCUGUGAAUUUAAUUUAUUGCAAAUAAUUGAACGUGUUUUGGGUUUGAGUUUUUAACGAUAGCUGAGCACAUUCCAUUUGUUGAAAUAUUCCUAGCUGUUGUUUACAGGUGUUGUCACAAUAAAAAUGUAUUUUAGUACAA